AAGAGUGGAAGGCGAGGAAGACGGACCGCUGCCUGUAGAAGCGUCUCAUGCUGCUCGCGGCGUGUGUGCAGAAACCGAUAAACAACAGAGCAUGAGGGACGAGGAGGGGAGCCUCCAGCAGCGCGGUGAGCGAUGAAUGCAGGCUGAUUUCUCAGAGCCUGGCUGUGUUAUAUUGGAAUGGAGUCAAGCAAAUAGGAAAUCAGCUGAGGCCUCCUGCUGAUCUCUCCUGUUGAGUCUGGAGCGCGGCGCAGGAGGGCACAGAGGGGCUGCUGAGAUGAAGACGAGCUUGAAGCAGUGGCGGCGGCUGGCCCUGGGCCUCAUGCUGACCUGGGUGCUGGUCUUCCUGGCCCUCUUCUCAUACUUCAUGGAGUCACGGGUGGAUGAGCCACGCACGGCGGUUGCUCUCUCGCACACCGACGCCCGCCGCCUUGGCUCCGUGCGGGGGAACCCUCGCGCCAUCAUGGCCUCUCACCUGGAGCUGCCCACCAGCUCCGCCCCCGCCGCCUUCAGCCCCCAGCCAGAGCAGAGCCUGGAGCAGAACCCCAGCAGGGAGCCCCAGGUUGGCCAGCUGAGCCAGGAGGCCUACCCCUACCCUGACCCGCAGAGCCUGGCCGCAUGGUCAGCGUUCGGCACCCAGGACGUGGGCGUUGUGACACGCAGCCGUGAGAGGCAGGAAGACGUCCGAGUCUCUCCUCAUCAGGAGCAAGAUGAGGAGGAAGAGGAGGAAGAAGUGGUAGUGGGAGGCGUGGUGGGAGGAGAGGAAGAGGACGAUAACGAAGAGGAGAGGAGCAUCGCGUCUAAAAGAACGGCAGCCCAGGGCUGGGAGGACUCUGAUCUGGAGGAGUACUACUUCUCCAAGUCCAAGUCCGUCAUGCACCGCCUGUGGAAGGGCAGUGUGUCUGUGGGUAUGCUCAGUCCCCGCCUGCAGAGAGCUGUGAAAGACUACCUGAGCGCUAACAAGCAUGGAGUGGCCUACAGGGGCCGGCGGAGGCCGCAGCAGAGCAGCAAACAGGUGCUGUGCGAGAUGAAAAAGAGAGGCAGGGUCAGGACGCUGGACGGAGCUGAGCUGCCCUUCUCCGCGCUGGGUUGGAAGAAAAUUGUGCCGGCCUCUUCUCUUGAGCAGCUGUACGGUUCGAGCUUCCGCUCCUGCGCUGUGGUCACCUCAGCUGGUGCCAUCCUCCACUCUGGCCUGGGCAAGGAGAUUGAUUCCCAUGAUGCUGUUCUGAGGUUUAAUUCCGCUCCUACUGAAGGUUAUGAAAGAGAUGUUGGGAAUAAGACCACCAUACGCAUCAUCAACUCUCAGAUCCUGGCUAACCCCAGUUACCAUUUCAACACCAGCUCCCUGUAUAAGAACAUGACUUUGGUGGCUUGGGACCCUGCCCCUUAUACCGUGAACCUGCAUAAAUGGUACACAAGCCCUGACUACAACCUGUUUACCCCAUACAUGGAGCACAGAAAGCAGUUUCCUGCUCAGCCUUUCUACAUUCUGCACCCCAAGUUCAUCUGGCAGCUAUGGGACGUGAUCCAGGGCAACACCUUGGAGAACAUCCAGCCCAACCCACCUUCUUCAGGGUUCAUCGGCAUCCUGCUGAUGAUGUCCCUGUGUGAAGAGGUCCAUGUCUAUGAGUACAUCCCAUCGCUCAGACAGACAGACUUGUGCCAUUACCACGAGCGCUACUAUGACGCAGCGUGCACUCUGGGCGCUUAUCACCCGCUGCUCUACGAGAAGAUGCUUGUCCAGCGCAUCAAUUCCGGCUCAGAGUCUGACCUCAAGAGGAAAGGCAAGGUCACGCUCCCCGGCUUCAGCACCAUCCACUGUGAUCCCUGAACUAGGACCUCUGCAUAGAAGGGUGCAAUAAUCGUCCUCGUUUAGCAGAGGAAGCCCAUGGACCAUCUGGGGAAAGCUGGAAGCUGGGUUUGGCCGAGGCCCUGCAUGGACCUUACCUGAGGAGACUGAGCACAGUGGUACACAGACGAAACUGUGCUCUAACAGAACAGUUUGUAAAAGUUGCAUUUUCUGAGCCUUGUGUGAUUAGAGGUCAUUGGGUAGCAAUAGGGUUCUCCUAGGAAAGGUGUUUUUAGAUAUCUGGUUGUUUUUGCUGUUGCUAGCCAUCAUGUGACAACAUUUGAAAGUGUUUGUGUCUGUGUAAUGGUCUAGUCAAAGGGGGGGAUCGGGGGGGGUUAUCUAUUUGUGUGCUUUAACUGAAAUUUUGCCUGCAAUGGAGUUUUUUGAGGAACAGUUUAGCAGUCAGCAACACUGAAUGUCACCAAUCCAUUCUAGACACGCGAAACUAACAAUGAUGAAUUUAUCUUCUCACUGAAGUAUGAAGGCUUUUAUUUAUUUUCUUUAGUGAAUGCACAUUUUAAACACACUGUUUUUACCAGUGGUCACUAAUAACUUAUUAGGUCUCUUGGUUGUACUUAAAAGAGACCUGAAUUUCGUUUACUGCUGCAUUACAGUUUUCUCAGCUGCUCACGUCUUUGAAAAUAACAUUGUGCUCUUCCCGGACUGCCGUCUGAGCUGUGUUGUAUUUUCUCUUGAGAGUGUUACGUAAUCUCUCAAGGCCACUCAAGUUAGAAAACUUUUGACAUAAAAACAAUUCUUUACUUGUCAUUGUGUUGAGUUUAUAGCAUGAAAUGUCCAUCGCCAUUUCGAGUUAUGCUGUCAAGCAGUUGAGAAAACCUUUUCACCCUAUUCUGCACUUUAGGAGAACCUUAACUACUCUGUGUUGGAAGCUGUUGGUGUCUUUCAACGUAAGGCUGGAUUAGGGUUUGGAGGCCGGUAUCCUGCAUUCACACCGCUGCCCAACCAACACUGGACUUCAGGCCUUUGGCAAUAUAAUAUAAAAGUGACUGAUCGAUUGUGUAUUGUUUAAACCAGCAUAGCCUGGUUGUCCUACAUGUCUUGCGGUCCUCAUGCGCUCCCCAUGGAGUCGCACUCAAAAAGCGAAUGAAAAGAACAGUUUUCCAUGCAUUGUAUCAUGAAGGUUUUUAUUUGAACUGACUUGGGGUUUUUACCUUCACAUUGUGUUUUAUCUUGUAUGUAAAUAUGGUUUGUUUGUGUUUUUUUUAACUGAUAGAAAACAAAGGUUUUGAGUUUCAGUAUGUGCCACUUAUUUGUGAGAGGAAAAGACUUACAAGCUGAUAUUUGUAUGAUCUAAAGGAGGCAAACUAAAAUCUGUAUAGCUAUUGUGAGUUGUAAUAGCAAAACUGUUCAGAUGUAUUCACUCAGGUGUUAGACUAUGAAAUGCGGCAUCUCUGUUCGGAGUUGCACCACAUGCUUAUCUCAAGUCUCUCACAGACUUGGGGCUGUGAAUCUCUAUGUAUGAUAAGUAUGAUAUUAUGGUGGUUCCUAUGGUACAGUUCCUUGUGUUAGACUUAAACAAAUGGAAAUUGACAGUGUUACAUGAAAGAGUAAUUCACGUUUUAGUUUUGACUUCAGUAGGAAAAAUUUCAAAAAGCAAGCCUCUGUUGUUUUUGGGUAAUGGCAGGGUCAGGGCUAACGGUUUACUUGGGUAGGAUGAGCAAGCUUUUAUUUACUGACUAUCACUUUGUGUCUCUCCAGCUCUCUCUGAUCAUUUUCUAUGUCCAACAUUCUUACCAGCUCUCAGUAUUUCCAGAAUGAGUGAGAGCUAUAGAGUCUCUACUUACUUCCCCAUCAGAGAGCUGUAUUAGUGGACAAGAGAUAAGACGAAGCUGCUGGUCAGUGAGUAGCAGGCUUUUUCAGUGUUUCUGCAGCAGUGUGCUACGCUCCACUGAGCUCAGUUUCUGAAUAACAUCUCGCUGAAUGUCUUAUCCUCAUAAGCCUUUAACCUGAAGAGCAUAAGCACCAUCAGAGCAACAGAAUGACUUUUUUUGUUGGUUGUUUUGGGAGUGUCCUGGAGUAAUUUACCAGUCCAGAUUGUGCUGCCCGAAAGUGUUAUAGGUCAUUACAUGGUAGAAAAAGUAUUCAAAAUAUGCUGAUCAAUUUCAGUCCUUUUAGGACUUUUUUUUUUUCCCAAUCACAAAUUGUUGUGCCAGUGUUAUUAUACGAUUAAUUUACUUCAGUUCCAAACAAAGAACUAACUGUGUAAUUAGUACAAUGCAAAGUGGAUACAGCAUGCAAAGUAGCAGGGUUUCUAAUCACUUUGUGGUAAACAUAGUUAACCAUAAGUCUUGGUUAACAACUAAGCUAAGGUUGGGGGGGGAUGUUUAACUUCCUUCUUUAAACGUGUUGAAGUUAUCAUUUUAGAUAACGGUAAUAUAGUAAUGAGUAUUGGACAAUUUGGUGAGUUUAUCAAUGCAGUAUGUUAGACAUGGGCAGAGAUUCUGAGCCAAGUGAUAUUGGUUGUUUUUCUGGGCAAGUGGUAAAGGCCUCUGAGUGUAUGGUGCUGGAACUGUGGUGCUGUGCAUCUGUGCUGAGUUUCUUUCUCUGUCAUGCUCUGUCUCUCAAUAUCUAUCUAGCUAUCUGUCUACCUGUCUAUCUAUCUAGCUAUCUAUCGAGCUACCUAGAGUGCAAUCUUAGUAAUUGGACACUGACACAUCUUUGUUUUGGGUCUGUGCUCCGGCAUUUUUUGAUUUGAAAACAAAUGACUCUGAGGUUCAGAAUGUCCCCUUUAAUGGAGGGUACAUCCAUGUUGCUGUGUAUGUUGGACGCAGCUCUUUUUAAAGCAGGGCCUCAUUUCAGAGGCCCAUACAUGAUUGAACAAUGUUGAAUAAUGCACAAGAAAUUUUGCCAAUUUGGCGAUUUACAUCUUGUAGCAAGUCCUGUAAAAUCAUACUGCUGUAUUUUACUCCUGCUGACAUUUUGGCUAGGGUUCUUAAUCUGCCGAGCAACCUGAGGGUAUUCUUCCCUUUUUUUCCCAUUCCAAUUUUUCUUUUGUUUUCUUUUCUUUUUUUUUGUCUGCUUUUUUGAGAAUUUUCAGCCUUGUGCUGAACUUUUUAAUUGGCAUUGAUGUUGAGAGACAUCGACCAGCAGCCUCAGUCAUCAUUUUAUUUCAGAUCCAAUGUGCUGGAGUACAGAGCUGAAAUGCUCUCGCUCUCGCUCUCUCUCUCUCUCUCUCUCUCUCUCUGUCGCUCUUGCUCUCGCUCUCUCUCGCUCUCGCUGUCUCUCUCUGUGCCACACAGCCUUUGAACAUUUGACCUGGUAAACAUGUUGUAUAUUUGAAGCCUGAUAUUUUGACUGUAGAAGGCAGCAAUUUUAAGCCAGGAAACUUUCAAAAGCCAUGGGAUGCUUUUGAUGGCAUUUCUUUCAUUUGUUAAUGCAAACUUCAUGAUUAGACUUGAAUUUGGUUUAAAAUGAACUUGUGUAUUAUGUUAACUGUUUUCUAACAUGUAAAUAAAAUACACAAAUUAAGGUAGAUGUGUCUUGUGUGUCUUAAGUUUUUAAAUUGUUUGGAAUUACAGAGUCAAGCCCAAAAGAUGUCUUGCAAAAUUAACACUGUCAAAUGGACUAUCGUAAAUAUUUCAACUUCAUAAGGAAAAUAGAACAUUUUAUAGAAAACAUUGUAGGCCAACUAGUAAUAGAGUUCUUUUAGUAUACUAGAACAUGUUUGCUAAUGACAUAAAUGGAAAAGAUGCAGAAAGCCCUGUUUCCCUAAGUUCCAGGGUCUUCUGGUCAUUUUUUGAUAUAUUACUUCUGUUAUGAUAAACUUUAGAGAAUGCUGUUUUCUGCGUAUAUGACUUUUCAAUACUGAAUAGCUUUUUUUAAGGUAUGGUCAUAAAAGAGCCACAGUUCCUGUUCAGAGAAGAUAAAUGUCUUCAAUCAAAGAGCUCCAUAAUUAUCUCAUCAUAUCUGUAAAUACAUUUGUAUAUA